CUUGGGAGUCUCGCCCUGGGAGGGAGACGGGUCCGUAGUCUCCGGUCGCAGAUCCGUGGACCCUCUUCGCAGACGCCUCGUGGAGCCUCAGGUAACUGCACCUCCUCCCAGUAUGGCAGCCUCGCCGCUCCCAUCGCCAGACCCGCGGUUUGUCCUCCGAGGUACCCAGUCAGCAGUACAUGCGCUGCAUUUCUUCAGAGGAGCCGAAGGGCAGGGGCAGCCGCUCCUCCUCUCAGGAUCCCUGAGUGGGCUGGUGCACAUCUGGAGCCUGCAGACACGGAGGGCGGUUGCUACCCUGGACGGCCAUCGGGGCCAGUGUGUAACCUGGCUGCAUUCAUUGCCCCAAGGGCACCAGCUCCUCAGUCAGGGCCGGGACCUGAAGCUGUGCCUGUGGGACCUGGCGGAGGGCAGAAACGCUGUCGUGGACUCCAUGCGCCUGGAGAGCAUGGGCUUCUGCAGGAGCACCGUCCUGGCCAGGGGUCAGAAGCACUGGAUGCUGGCCAUGCCGGGGAGAGGCAGUGACGAGGUUCAGAUUCUGGAGAUGCCAUCCAAGACGUCAGUGUGCACCCUGAAGCCGGAGGCAGAUGCCAAGCCGGGCAUGCCCAUGUGCCUGGAGCUGUGGCAGGCCGAGUCCAGUCCCCGCCCACUCCUCCUGGCCGGCUAUGAGGACGGAUCAGUGGCCCUGUGGGACGUCUCUGAGCGGAAGGUGUGCAGCCGUGUCGCCUGCCACACAGAGCCCGUCAUGGGCUUUGACUUUGACUCCCAAAAGGCCAGGGGCGUCUCGGGCUCUGCGGAGAAGGCGCUGGCUGUCUGGAGCCUGGAUGAGCAGCAGGCCCUGCAGGUAUGCAAAACUCAUGAACUCACCAAUCCCGGGAUUGCUGAUGUCAAGAUCCGGCCAGACCGCAAGAUCCUGGCCACUGCAGGCUGGGACCAUCGUGUCCGUGUGUUUCACUGGCGGACAAUGAAGCCACUGGCUGUACUGUCCUUCCACAGUGCUACUGUCCACUGUGUGGCCUUCGCUGCCAAUGGCUUGCUUGCUGCAGGGUCCGGGGAUCAGCGCAUCAGCAUCUGGUCACUCUACCCGAUUAGCAGUGACUCAUCCACUCCCUUGUCAGGACAUGUGGAGGACACGGAGGUGGGAGCCCAUGCCUUGGCCUGACCCAGGCAUGUAGUAACCGUGCAUCAGGACCCUUGAGGACAACCAGUCACAGUUAUCUUCUUCCAGUUACGAGACGUGUCCAGUCCUUGGAGUCCUCAUUUUCUUCACAAGGCUUGGGUUUCCUUUUUUUUUUUUUUUUUAAUUUUUUUAAAUGUCUUUAUUUUUGAGAGAGAGAGAGAGAGGGAGGGAGACACAGGAUCCGAAGCAGGCUCCAGGCUCUGAGCUGCCAGCACAGAACCCGACACAGGGCUUGAACCCACGAACUGUGAGAUCAUAACUUGAGCCUAAGUCAGACACUCAACCAACUGAGCCACCCAGACGCCCCGGCUUAUGUUUCCUUUUGUGAAAUACAGCCUCUGUCUGACAGUGACUGCAGUUUACAAAGAGUAACCGGGCCAGACACCUGGGCAUCUGUGGUCCAGGUGAGAGGCCAACCUGGGGAUACUAUUUUAUAAUAAACUUCCAGUUGCAAACCUGCA